CUGAUUCAGGCGUGGAGUAUGCCUAUUUGGUGACGACUCUACACUGAAAACUCAACCAGUUCCUCUAUAAAUACCCGAUCCCUAAACCAUUUCAUUUAGGUCUCAAAUCACUGACCAAAACCUCUAAAUCUACUAUCAAUCUAUCCGUCAAUCAUCAGGAUUGGGGGAAAUUUGAAGAAAGAUUCUGUGUAAUGGCGAAUCGGAAUUUGGAGAAAUUGGCAUCGAUCGACGCUCAGUUGAGGCUUUUGGUUCCCGGAAAAGUUUCAGAGGAUGAUAAGCUUAUUGAGUAUGAUGCGUUGCUGUUGGAUAAGUUUCUAGAUAUUCUUCAGGAUUUACAUGGAGAAGAUCUUAAGGAAACGGUUCAAGAAUGCUAUGAGCUUUCUGCUGAAUACGAGGGAAAGCGUGACCCGAAGAAGCUCGAGGAGCUCGGAAGUGUGUUGACCAGUUUAGAUCCAGGGGAUUCGAUUGUCAUUGCAAAAGCUUUCUCUCACAUGCUUAAUUUAGCCAAUCUGGCUGAAGAGGUUCAGAUCGCUUUCCGUAGAAGGAUCAAGCUGAAAAAGGGUGAUUUUGCCGAUGAGGCUAAUGCGACAACCGAAUCGGAUAUUGAAGAAACUCUUAAGAAGCUUGUGUAUAAGCUUAACAAGUCCCCUGAAGAGGUUUUUGAUGCACUCAAAAAUCAAACUGUUGACUUGGUGUUGACCGCUCAUCCGACUCAAUCGGUCCGCAGAUCUUUACUUCAGAAGCAUGGAAGGAUCCGUAACUGUCUGGCCCAGUUAUAUGCUAAAGACAUCACUCCCGAUGACAAGCAAGAACUCGAUGAGGCCUUACAUCGCGAAAUCCAAGCUGCUUUCCGUACCGAUGAGAUCAGAAGGACCCAACCGACACCGCAAGAUGAAAUGCGAGCUGGAAUGAGUUACUUUCAUGAAACAAUAUGGAAGGGUGUUCCGAAGUUCUUACGGCGUGUCGACACCGCUCUAAAGAAUAUCGGGAUUAAUGAACGUGUUCCGUAUAAUGCACCUCUUAUUCAGUUUUCUUCAUGGAUGGGUGGUGACCGUGACGGUAAUCCAAGAGUGACUCCUGAGGUAACAAGGGAUGUUUGCUUACUAGCAAGAAUGAUGGCUGCAAACAUGUACUUUUCGCAGAUCGAGGAUCUAAUGUUUGAGAUGUCCAUGUGGCGUUGUACCGAUGAACUACGCGUUCGAGCUGAAGACCUCUUUCGAACAGCAAGGAGAGAUGUAAAGCACUACAUAGAGUUCUGGAAACAGGUUCCUCCCACUGAACCUUAUCGUGUAAUUCUCGGUGAUGUAAGGGAUAAGUUAUAUAAUACACGUGAACGUGCUCGCCAUUUGUUAGCGCAUGAUAUAUCCGACAUUCCAGAAGAGGCGGUUUACACCAAUGUUGAACAGUUCCUAGAACCCCUGGAGCUAUGUUACCGAUCACUAUGUGCGUGCGGUGACCGUGUGAUUGCUGACGGAAGCCUUCUAGAUUUUCUACGACAGGUGUCGACAUUCGGGCUGUCACUAGUGAAACUCGAUAUACGACAAGAAUCCGAUCGCCACACAGACGUCCUCGACGCAAUCACUCAACAUCUGGAAAUCGGGUCCUACCGUGAAUGGUCUGAAGAAAAACGUCAAGAAUGGCUUCUAGCUGAACUCAGGGGAAAACGUCCGCUUUUCGGUUCCGAUCUCCCGAAAACCGAGGAAAUUAAGGAUGUUUUGGACACGUUCGGUGUGUUGGCAGAACUCCCGGCUGAUUGUUUCGGUGCUUAUAUCAUCUCAAUGGCCACGUCACCGUCUGACGUCCUCGCUGUCGAGCUUCUUCAACGCGAAUGCCACGUAAAACAACCGUUACGCGUGGUCCCGCUUUUUGAAAAACUUGCUGAUCUGGAAGCUGCCCCUGCCGCUAUGGCCCGUCUUUUCUCAGUCGAUUGGUACAAAAACCGAAUUAACGGGAAACAAGAAGUCAUGAUCGGGUACUCCGAUUCCGGAAAAGACGCUGGGCGGUUUUCUGCUGCGUGGCAGCUUUACAAAGCUCAAGAAGAGCUGAAAAACGUUGCAAAAGAGUUUGGAGUUAAACUUGUUAUGUUUCACGGGCGUGGUGGGACCGUGGGCCGAGGUGGUGGGCCCACCCAUCUUGCUAUCCUGUCCCAACCUGCUGAGACCAUUCAGGGGUCGUUAAGAGUCACAGUUCAGGGGGAGGUUAUUGAGCAAUCGUUUGGUGAGGAACAUUUGUGUUUUAGAACGCUGCAACGAUUCUGUGCAGCUACACUUGAGCACGGAAUGAACCCGCCGAUCUCACCGAGGCCCGAGUGGCGUGAACUUAUGGACCAGAUGGCGGUUGUUGCAACCGAACAGUAUCGUUCUAUUGUGUUCCAGGAACCACGUUUUGUCGAGUAUUUCCGCCUUGCCACACCAGAAAUGGAGUACGGGCGUAUGAAUAUCGGAAGUCGCCCAUCAAAACGAAAACCGAGUGGCGGCAUAGAAUCACUUCGAGCCAUUCCAUGGAUCUUUGCAUGGACCCAAACCAGGUUCCAUCUCCCUGUUUGGCUCGGGUUCGGUGCUGCAUUCAAACAAGUCAUUCAAAAAGACAGCAAGAAUCUUCAAAUGCUUCAAGAAAUGUACAAAAAAUGGCCUUUCUUUCGGGUCACCAUCGAUUUAGUUGAAAUGGUGUUUGCUAAAGGAGACCCCGGCAUUGCUGCCUUGAACGACAAGCUACUUGUUUCUGAAGACUUAUGGCCCUUUGGAGAAUCGUUAAGAGCUAACUAUGAAGAAACCAAAGAUUAUCUCCUCAAGAUUGCUGGACACAAGGACCUGCUCGAGGGCGAUCCCUACUUGAAACAAAGACUUAAGUUGCGUGAUUCAUACAUCACAACCUUAAACGUUUGUCAAGCGUAUACUCUAAAACGGACCCGUGACCCGAAUUAUCAUGUGACCUUAAGGCCGCAUAUUUCGAAAGAAUAUGCUGAGCCAAGCAAACCGGCUGAUGAACUUAUCCACUUGAACCCAACCAGUGAGUAUGCCCCGGGUCUGGAGGACACACUCAUCUUGACCAUGAAGGGUAUUGCUGCUGGAAUGCAGAACACCGGUUAAAGGUUAACCGUUAUGCAAGCAUAUCGGGUUUUUUUUUUCUCGUUUUUCGAACUUUGUCUCGGCCUUGUUUUCUCGAGUUCAUCGAUCUAUGCGUUUAAUGAAGUUGUAAUGUAUGCAUAUCGAUGAUGGUUUAUCCAUGAAGCUAAUAAUGUAUUGUACACUUGAUCACAAGUGAUAUUGAAGUUUAUUUUCUUUCUA